ACUAUACAAGCUUUUCUUCUUCAUACUGUAAUUGUUUCCAGAUUUACAGAGUAUACAUGAAUAUGAUGAGGUCUCGAUCUGUUAAUGUUGCAGAAGCUUUUCUUCGUCCUUGUUUUCAUGGCGCCACUUUAAUCAACCUUCGUCCUCUUCAUUUUCAUGGCAUCUCCUCAAGUAAGUUUCUCCAUUUCUAUACUACUUUCCCUUUUUUCGAUUUCAGUAUUCCCCUCUUCAAUUCGCCCUCUUUUCACCUGUUUCCUUGCCGAUAUUACACCAAUUACGCUACUCAUGACUUUGAUUCUGAUGACGAUGAUCCCAAAUUGUUUCUGAAAUUUGUUAGACAACAAUCCAAAUUAGGGUUUACUAAUGUUGAAAUCUCCCUUUCCCAUUUCCACCAUAUGAUAUCGAUGAGACCUCUUCCAUCUAUCAUUGAUUUCUGUAUGUUAUUGAGUGCCAUGUCCAAGAUUAAACCCAACCCACCUUUCUCCACUGUCAUUUCUCUUUACAGAGACCUCCUUUUCUUAGGUCUUCGUCCAGAUAUUUACUCCCUUACCAUCCUUGCUAAUUGCUACUGUCGUUUGAACUUUGUUGAUUUCGGCUUCUCUGUUCUCGCCAACAUUAUUAAACUUGGUUUUCAACCUAACAUUGUCACCUUUACUACUCUCAUCAACGGCUUCGUUCAUACUCAUCACUUGGACAAAGCCGUUCAAUUGUUGGAUAAAGUUGUCAAGCUUGGCUACCAACCCACAUUAAUCACCUAUGGUUCUAUCUUCAAAGGUCUCUGUAGGUCCGGUGAUAAUGCCGGUGCUCUCAAACUCCUCAGAAAUAUGGAGUCUUAUGGCCAUUUUAUGCCUAAUGUUGUCAUUUACAACACCAUCAUUGAUAGUCUCUGUAAAGACCAGUUAUUACCUCAGGCUCUCCGCCUUUUCAAGGAGAUGAAAGUCAAGGGAAUUUCCCCUGAUGUUGUCACCUUUAAUACCUUAAUUCGAGGUAUGUGCACUUUGGGACAACAGAAAGAGGCUCAAGAUAUGCUGACUGAGAUGUUAAGGAAUAACAUAACUCCUGACAUACAGACCUACAACAUAUUUAUUGAUAUUUAUUGUAAAGAUGGCAAGGUUGGUGAAGCACGGGACAUUUUUUAUUUCAUGACUAGGAUAGGAUUGGUUCCAGAUAUCAUCACUUACAACGCUCUGUUAGACGGAUAUUGUUUACGUGGUGAGAUGGACGAGGCAGAAAAGCUUAUGGAUGUGAUGGUAAAAGAUGGUUGCAAACCUGAUGUAGUUACUUACAACAGCUUACUCAAUGGCUAUUGCAAAUCUAAAAACAUUGACAAAGCUCUUGGUCUGCUCCAAGAGAUGCAUUCUAACGGAUUAACCCCUGAUGUUAUCACGUACAGCACUCUUAUAGAUGCUUUGUGCAAAGACAAUCAAAUCAAGCUUGCACACCAGUUUUUUGAGGAUAUGAAAGCUCAUGGACUGAAACCAGAUAUAAUAGCUUGGAAUUCAUUCCUUGAUGGCAUGUGUAAGAAUGGACAAAUUGACGAGGCAAUUACAACAGUGAAGCAAAUGGGGAAUACUGGAGUGAUCCCUGAUAUUAUUACAUACAGUAUCCUAAUGGAUGGUUUCUGUGAAGCUAAUCGGCUUAGAGAAGCAGAGGAUAUAUUCUCUUUUCUCAUAACUAAAGGGCUGCAUAAUGUGCGUGCUUACACCAUAAUGAUAAAAGGGUUUUGUAAAGAAGGGUUGCUAGCAAAAGCCGAUGAAUUAUUGAAGAAUAUGGAGGACAAUAAAUGCUUUCCAAAUGAAUGCACCUUCAAUACAAUUAUAAGAGGAUUUAUAGAUGAAAAGGAUGUGAGGAGAGCUUUAGAGCUUGUCAGCUUAAUGAGAAACAAAGAGUUUGCUGCUGAUAAUCACACUAUAUCGUCAUUUGUGAGCUUACUUAAUGAUCCAAAUAUUGAUGAUGUAGACAAGGAAUUAUUGAAAAAGUUUUUGGAAAACUGAGCGAGCAAUGGUUAAAGCGGAGGUGGAAGGAGCAAUGAGUUAAGCAUAGAUGAUCAGCUGUGAAAGAGAUGUGAAAAUAGACAUUAUGAGUGAACAUUAUAAAUUGCUAAUCGGCUUAGAGAAGCGGUGGACAUCUUCUCCUUUCUCACAGCUAAAGGACUGCAUAAUGUGUGUGCUUACAACAUAAUGAUAAAAGGGUUUUGUAAAGAAGGGUUGCUAGCAAAAGCCGAUGAAUUACUGAAGAAUAUGGAGGACAAUGGAUGCUUUCCAGAUGAAUGCACCUUUAAUACACUUAUUAGAGGAUUUAUUGAUGGAAAGGACAUUAGGAGAGCAUUAGAGCUUGUCAGGUUGAUGAGAAUCAAAGAGUUUGUUGCUGAUAAUCACACAAUAUCAUCAUUUGUGGGCUUACUCGCUGAUCCAAAUAUCGGUGAUGCAGACAAAGAUUUGCUAAAAAGUUUUUGGAGAACUGAGUGAGCAAUAGUUAGGAUCAAAGGUGGAAGUAGCAAUGAAUAAAUUAUAUAUGAUCAGCUGUGACAGAGAUGUGUACACAGAUAUUGUGAGUGAGAUGUGGAUUAGUAAGUCUUAUAUUUAAUGUGUAACUUUUGAUUGAUUGUAGGAAAAAGCAUUAACAUCUGUGAUUUCGAACAUUUGAUUUUACUUCUUUUUGGGCUUGCUUUUACUUGAAUGGUGCUCAUGGAAGCAGAUGUGGAUUGACCUAUUGUAUCAAUUUGUGUGUGUUUACUUGGUA